CUAUUCUCUCGUCUAUGGUUGUCAGUUUGUGAGAAGUCGUAAUUGCUUAUCAUUCUCGAAUUUGUUUGAAGAAAUUAAAAUAUUUUAUAUUAAAACCAAAAUGAGUUCUGUUCGCGUUGUAAACGAUGAAUCACAUUUUCAAACUGAAUUAGCUAAUGCAGGAACUAGACUAGUAAUCGUAGAUUUUACAGCAAGUUGGUGUGGACCAUGCCAAAGGAUAGCACCUAUUUUUCAGCAAUUAGCAUCAAAAUAUGCAAAAGCUCUUUUUCUGAAGGUUGAUGUGGACAACUGCCAAGAAACUGCUGCAGCACAAGGCGUUUCAGCAAUGCCAACGUUUAUGUUUUUUAGAAAUCGAACUAAAAUUGAUCGCCUUCAAGGGGCUGAUUCUGCUGCCUUAGAAACUAAAAUUCAGCAAUAUUAUACUGAAGAAGAGGGUGAAGGUGAAGGAAUUGGUGGACAUAUGGAUUUGCAACCAUUUAUUUUAAAAUCAAGUUAUGAAUGUUUGAAUGAAAGCGAUGAACAUCCCUUUUCUAAUUGCUUACAAGCAGGAGACAGUUAUUUACAGUCAGACUGUGAUGAACAGCUAAUUUUAUCAUUAUCGUUUAAUCAGUCAGUUAAAAUUCAUAGUCUCAAAAUUAAGGCUCCUAAAGAUAAAGGUCCAAAAACAUUAAAAAUAUUUAUUAACCAACCUCGUACACUAGACUUUGAUAUGGCAGACAGUUACACCAGUGUUCAAGAUUUAGUACUUACACCUGAAGAUUUAGAAGGAAAUCCAAUUAAUCUUCGUUACGUGAAAUUCCAAAAUGUUCAAAAUUUCCAGUUGUUUGUUAAGGACAAUCAAUCUGGUGGUGACAUUACUCAAAUAAAUCAUUUAGCCAUCAUUGGAUCACCCAUCAACACCACAAAUAUGGGAGAUUUCAAAAGAGUUGCAGGAAAAAAGGGUGAAAGUCAUUAAAUAGUAAAAUUUAUAAAGAAUAAUAUAUUUCUAACCUUUCAAAAAUAUCAAAUUGAAUUUUUUGGUUCCAUAAAAUAAAUUCGUCAAAACUGCAUAACA